AUGAGGACACCGGUGUAUUUUCUUAGUCAUGGAGGGCCGAGUGUGAUGUAUGAAAAGGAUCACCCGGCAUACAGCAAACUGGGCGAGAUCGGACGUGAAAUAACUACCAAGGUCAAGCCGCGUGCUGUGGUCGUCUUUUCUGCGCAUUGGCAGGCGGGCCGGGAUACCAUCCAGGUCAACACCGCGGAGAUUACGGAUUUGAUUUAUGACUUUUAUGGUUUCCCUAGUCACUAUUAUAAGGAAAAGUAUCCCAAUGUCGGGAGCAGGGAGAUUGCGAACAAAGUGCUUGAUUCGUUGAGUGCAGCGGGCAUCCAGGCUGAAGGCGUAAAAAGAGGAUUGGACCAUGGCGUGUGGGCAAGCUUCAAAUGCGCGUUCGAACCCGACGAAAAUCCGUUGAAUGUUCCCAUCGUACAAGCCUCCCUGUUCAAUUCUGAAGACCCCAUCCAGCACUACCGACUUGGUCAGGCUGUUUCGAAGCUCCGUGAUGAGAAUAUUCUCAUCAUUGUCUCCGGAAUGGCGGUUCACAAUCUCCGUGAUAUGCGGUUUGCCUGGGGUAACCCUAACCCGCUGCCGUACACGGCCAGUUUCGACGAGGCCCUCAAGGACGCGGUCACGACUCCACCGGCUGAGAGAGAAAAGGCCAUGGCUGAGUUGUUGAAGAGACCCGAUGCACGAGAGGCCCAUCCGUACUUUGACCAUUUGCUUCCCAUCCACAUUGGAGCUGGCGCUGCUGGUGACGAUUUCGGGAAGAGGCUGUGGACAUUGAAGGAGGGCAGCAUGAGCUGGGCGCAGUACAGAUUUGGCGAAAUAUCCAAUGGUAGUAGCCUGUAG